CAGCCCAUGCAAGUUCACAGCUGCUGCCCGUGCUCACCAAGAGAAAAGCAAAACACAUGAGCGGCAUGUCGAGUUUAACAAAAUUAAUUUCCACUUUAGCGCGGGUUUCAGACACGAAGCUAGUACUCCUAAAUCACAGCAAUGUGCAAAUUAUCAGCAGUGCGAAAAUGUCGCAGUACCCAAAAUACUUCAUUGAUCCAACGUUUCGAAACGAUGAGCUGAACGCCAUGUACGAAACUGGAGAGGUGAAAGAAAAGGCUCUCGUGCCAUGCAGAGCUGCCCUUACAGAACACACCUCCUCUGAAUUUUACAGUUCCUUUACCAGGAAAUUUAUCAAUCAUGUGAUGAGGAAGGGAAACAAGCAAUUGGCACGAGAAAUCGUUGAGAAGGCAUUUGAAGUGAUUAAGAAGACACAGAUUCAGAAAUUUCACUCUCUUCCUCCAGAAAAGAAGGUGGAUUUUGCCAUUAGAGAUCCGCACGAGCUUUUUCACCAAGCAAUCAUCAAUGUUAAGCCCAUCAUGGUUCUCACACCAAUCAAACGAGGAGGUGUUCGUUAUCAGGUACCAGUUCCUGUUGACGAUGUGCAAGCAACGAUUUUGGCGUACAAAUGGUUCAUCGAGGCUAGUAAAGACAAGGAGCGAACUGUCCGCUUCUAUAACAAAUUGGCCAAGGAAAUAAUGGAUGCAGCAAACAACACCGGGCGUGUGGUUAAAAAAAAGCUGGACUUGCACAAGCAAUGUGAAGCCAACAGAGCUUACGCACACUACCGAUGGAACUGAUUUGUUCAAAGGAUAGAAUUGAUUGUGCUAAUUAGAAUUUUUGCAAAAUAAAAUAAAUGUACUAUAUUAAGCUGA